GUCAACUGUACUGCCAGAGCUGAGGUUGAUGGACAGGGUAUUCCUGUGGACAUAGAAUGGACCAGAUAGACAUAUUUUCUCAUUCUGGUCGAUCUGAACUGAUGCCCACUCUUUACACCACAACUGGAUCUCCAGAGAGAGGCUAUCAGAGUGUUCUGACCACCUCUGAGAAUGACACAGUCAACACUAUCAUCUACCGCUGCACUGCUACAGUAUCCAGUUACUCCAACUUCAGUGAAACUAUUGUACAUGUUAAAGCAAUUGCUCCUAUAUAGCCCUAGUACUCAGAGUCUCACUCUCACUGUUUCUGCCAAUAGUUUCACCAUUGCUCAAAGCAUCAGUGAUGGUGGUAAUGGGGAAGAUACAUACUUUAUGCCCACGUCUUCAUCCAUUGCCAACACGAACGAUGACAAUUUUGAAAUUGUUACCUCCACUGCCACAACUAUCACUCCCAAAAGCACAAUUGCAAAAGGUGAGCCAAUCAAACAAAGUCACUGGCUAUCAGCCUUUUUUACGUUUCAGAUAUGGAGCAAUGUACUAAAACAAUCACUCUCACAACCACGCUCACUUCUACUCCCGUCAGUGAAAUAUGUGCAUGUAAAAAUGUUGACAAGGAGCCAUGUACUGAGAGCACUGCAGUAAUAGCUGGAGGUGUGGGUGGAGGAAUAAUACUCUGUCAGAUCCUUGUCUGUCUCCCCAUUGCCAUAUUUUGCAUCUGCAACAGGUAUUGUGUUUUUGUAGAGCGUAACAUGGUUUGUUGUGUUAGGUUGGACUUUGUAUACAGAACUAGCCAGUUAGGCAAUGACAUCCCCCAUGCAUUUGCCAUCUUUACAGAUCAGCAUACAGUAAGAAGGUGGAGACCUACAGUAACACAGCCUAUGGAGUGGUACCAGCAAGAAGAAGGGAGGAACCAGAAUAUGAAGUGAUUAAUCAGCCUCUGAAUCAAAGUUCUGCUAAACUACCUCUGUCUUCAAAUGUCGCCAUUGCAUCCACUGCCAUGUAACAUUAUGUAGCCAUUUUAAACAAUUGACAUCUUAGCAUCGAUAUUGACAAGUGUAGUAUAGGGCCACUGGCCUUAUUGUGUACUGCUGUGUAGAAUAUUACAAUUCUCAAAAAAGGUUCUCAAGAAGCAUGCACUUACCAGAAAUAAGGAUGUACAUAUUUUUCACU